AUGCGGAAAUUUUGUGCAAUUUUGGUGGCGUUGCAAGCGGUCGCAGUUUGUAGUGCACUCAAUGUCGUCACCGUUCCAAACGGAAAUUUGGUCGCGAUCGAAGGAGAUCGAAAUGUAAAUUUGCUUUGCAAAAUUCCCGGUGGUCAGUCGAUCGAUUUUUGCAUAGUGAAAGUGCCAGGUGUGAGAGCUCCAUUUGCUAGCAGUGAUCGAUUGCCGGCUCCAGUCGCGGGAAUUUCUUUCUACGGCGAAGGUUGGAGCAAAGGAUCUUGCGGGAUAACUUUGGCCACGAUCAAGCCGGAACAUGAUGGAACCUUCGAGUGCACGUUGUCGGUCAAGGGACAGUCGUACAAGGGAUCGAUUGAGAUCAUGGUCCAAGGUGAAGCAGUCGCUCCAGAACCUCCAGUGAUCGAAAUCUCCAGCAACGUGGACGGAUCAAAUGGAGAGUUCGACUACGGCAAGCCACUGAUCGCGAGGUGCAUCUCUCGGCAAGGAUGGCCAGGUGCACGUCUGUCCUGGUAUCUGGACGGGACCAAGGCCGGAGAUCAACUUGGAGCAGCCUUCUCGGAAACUAAGGAUCGUCGCACGACGGUGCAGCAGUUCUUCCGGAAGCCGGUGGCCGUCGAGGACAAUCGAAAGCAGCUGGUCUGCCGUGCUGAACAUCCCAAGUACCCGCAAGGAUACGUUGAAGUUGCACUCCCGAUCAAACUGCGGAAAUCAAGCAACAGCGACAACGAGAUCAAGGUUGACAGCAAGGUCAGCAAGGUCCAACCGUCCGCACCUCGGCUGAUCGUCUCCAGUGACAUCAGUUCCCUCAAAGCCGGAUCAACCCUGGUGGUAGAAUGCAUCUCCGAAGGUGGACAACCGGCAGCCAGCUUCCUGUGGUUCAUGGACGAUCAGCUGAUCUAUGAAGGACUUUCUACGCCAUUCCUGACAAAAGAUUCCCGUGGUAGCAUCACCGUUCAGCAGGUUCUCCAGCGAACCCUGACGGCCAGUGACAACGGAAAGGCGCUGAUCUGCAAGGCGCGGCAUCCCAGUGGAGUUCAGGAAACCAGACUCAGACUGGCGGUGAACUAAGCUGUGAAAUGUUAGUUUGUAAGAUUAUUUUAUUCGAAUCUCUUACUUAGAAUUAAGCUUUAGACCCUUAAGUGUUUGGAUCGUUGACGAAGAUAAAAAUUGACUGAGUGAAAUGA